AUGAAUUGGGUAAAUGAGCUCGAGAAAGCUAUUGAGCUGAUUAACGCAGAGGGAUUCGACAAUUGUGUGGCACAUGUCAAUACUGUACUUCGCGACACCACUCCAGGCUACCCUCGUAUACGCUACUACGCUCUGCUUGCUCUCUGUAUCUCCGACUGGCGCGAGGCAGAAGAGAUGCGCACCAAAGCAGAAGACUGCUUUUCUAACUGGCAGCUUCUCAACAAACCCGGCGACUUUCCUGGAGUCGAUGGCGUCCGUGACGAGCUGAGUGCCAUACUCGAGGAGGUCGCUGAGGAUCUCAAGAGUCGGAGGCCAAGUGACUGGUACAUCCAUCAGAUGACAUGGACUGAGACUGAUGUAGAGGAGUGGCAGGCUGAGCUGGCAGAGAUAGAACGUCUUGCGCAUUUAGAAGAGGGACGGGAGGAGGAUGACGACGACGACGACGAAGAGGCCGAGAUUGAAGAAGAAGAAGAAGCCGGGUUGUCGCCUACCGAGUUAGCAGCCCCGAACAAGGCCACCGACGAGGAAUCCAACACUCGUAUGUGCGCCCGCAACAAGACCGCAGACGCUGUUAAUGCUACACAGCCCGACACUUGAUCAAGCCAAAGGUGUCCAAGAAGUCCACUCGCCCACCCCUACCGACCGCCGCGUCCACACACUCGCCGCACCAGAUUGAGGCACUAGCUCGCUCC